CAACAUCCAUACCCAGGACUCCACUCAUCUCCUCCAGCUGGUCUGUUUCCACCUCCUCAGAAAGCCUGAGCACUUCCAACAUGUCAGACACUGAAGAAACUUUGGAGUAUGAAGAAGAGAAGAAGGAGCAGGAAGAAGAGUCCAAACCACGACACAAGACCAUUUACAUACCAAACAUAGCUCCUCCAAAGCUCCCAGAUGGCGAGAAGGUUGAUUUCGAUGACCUCCAUCGCAAGAGGUUAGAAAAGGAUUUCAACGACCUGCAGACCCUCAUUGAGCAGCACUUCUCCAGCCGUCAGAAGGAGGAGGAAGAACUGAUCGAACUGCGUAAUCGCAUCGAAACGCGCCGCUCCAACAGGGCUGAACAACAGCGCGUCCGUGCAGAGGAGGAGCGCGAGCGUCAAGCCCGGGUCGCUGAGGAGAAGUCCAGGCGCGAGGAAGAGGCGGCCAAGCUGCGCGCCGAGGAGGAGGCCAAGAAGAAAAUGAUCUUCUCCAACAAGUCAUUUGGUGGCUACCUGCAGAAAGUGGACCAGAAGAAGAGCAAGAAGUUGACAGCCCGCGAGGAGAAGAAGAAGGCCUUGAUGGAGCGCAGGAAGCCCCUCAACAUCGACCAUCUCAACCAGGAGAAGCUGGUGGAGAAGGUGAAGGACCUCUGGCAGUGGCUCCACCAGCUGCACGCCGAGAAGUUUGAACUAGCUGAAAAGCUCAAGAGGCAGAAGUACGAAAUCCACGUGCUCCGAAACCGGGUCAGCGACCACCAGAGGGUCUCCAAAACGUCCAAGAGCUCCCGUGGGGCCAAAGGCAAGUCUGGCUCCUGGAAGUGAGGGCCUCUCUGGACCUUUUGGGUCUGUCUCUCCAUGGAGCUGUGACGGAAUGACUGGAUGAUGAAUGUUACAAAAUAAACAACAGUUCCCCUUUAA